UUUAAAUGCGAAGCUGUGUGUAGCGAGAGAGUCGCUGUGGCGAAGCCGAGGCACAGCCUUCAGUUCACCGCCGGGCCGAUUUCUGCCGCACAGUGCGCAGUGUAUGCGCCGCCAGCACAGUGGACUAGUUUAUCAAAUAUAUGAGCAGUCCUGUGCGUCGAGGAUUUGGAUUUCAACUUUCAUUGUUUCCUAUGUGACAUCCGGCGGACGCAACUUUACGCAGGGAAACAGCAGGUGAGUCAACACCUGAGGGAUAAUUCUCCUCCCUGAAUUUGUAACCAGUUUGUAUUCGCCUCUCAACUCCACUUGUUGAUUGAGCACUAACAGGCUAUCCCAGCAGUCGCUUCACGGGGAUAUUCGUAUGCGUAAUUUGGAUAAAACCCUUGUCCGACGGGCGUCGGCAGGGCGAAGGAAGUUUUGACCUGUGAGGUUUUGUGGCAGAUGGUGGUGAUGUUUGGCGACCGGUAACAGCUCUCGGCAUCAGAUCGUAUUACACAGGCUGCUACCUGGUGAGCAGCGGCAUGGGGAACCAGAUGGACAAGCUGUCACACUUAAGUUACGCAGAAGUUCCUACAGUGGACCCGAACGGCGUGGACACGGAGGACGGUCCACGGAUCGGCGUCUCCUACAUAUUUUCUAACGACGACGAUGAGCUGGAGGAUGGCUGUGCGGUCGAUGGCACAGACCGAGACCCGAAUCAGGAAGAGAAACAAUACGACCAGCGCGACGAGGUAGAGUGCGCCGUCUACAACAGAGAUGAAUGCAUUUACGAGAAGAGCGUCAAAUCUGCCAACCUGGAGGUUUACUCCCCGGAGAAUCUACUAAACAAAUGUAAAGCAGGUGACUUGGUGGAGUUUGUGGCUACCGGUCAGUACCCGCACUGGGCUGUGUACGUGGGGGACUUCCAGGUGGUGCACCUGCACAGAGCCGAGGUGAAAAACAGCUUUUUGACAGAUGCGAGUCAAGGGAGGAGGUGCAGGAUUGUGAACGACUUUUACAAAUUCAAAGCUCUGGGUCCGGACAUGGUGGUGCAGAACGCGAUGGAGCAAGUGGGCUUAAAGGACCGGGAGCUGAGCUGGAGAAACUCCGAGUGCUUUGCAGCCUGGUGCAUGUUCGGCAAGAGGGAGUUCAAAAUGGGUGGGGAGAUACGGAUAGGCAAACAGCCCUACAGGUUGAAAAUAUUCAUGUCCGACAAACAUUCGCACGUGUUGGAGUUUCAGAGUUUGGAGGACAUGAUCAUGGAGAGGAGGAGGAACGAUCAUCUGGGCAGGACAGCCGUGAUGCAGGAGCUGGCCACUCAUUUCAGCCGCGUGGAGGAGAUAAAAAGUGAGCCAUGCGCUGACUGAUGUCUGCCCUUUUGAUGCUCUUCUGAAAAAUUGCUUUGCAAGUAGAGUAGCCUUUACCAAACAAACUGUUACACCCUGCUUUAAUGUAUAGCAAGCCUUCACUCAUUGAUUUUUAUUUUUAAUUGGAGCACACAUGUCUUCAUUUCCACUUUGAUAUUUUAAUUAUGGUCCAUGUUUUCACACAUAUACAUACAUAUGUUAUUGCCUUAAAGCCACAAUCCUCUACAUCCUCUGAUGCUUAAUUGCCUUAGCAAUUAUGAAUUCAAUUAUCUGAGAGAAUUGAUUGAAUUAGUUGAUAUGCUUGUUUGUAGCUCCAGCAGCCCCUCCACACAGAAUGUAUAGUUUUAGAAAAGCUUUACCCAUCCGUCUUAAACUGUCAUGAUUCUGUAAGUAGAGUGCGUGUUUCUCUAUUCAUAGUGUGUCCUGUUACUUGAGCCAUGUGUGGUUUAACUUCAUCGCUCAGCUCACCCAGACAGCAGAGUGUCAGAGCUGCUCGCUGAAUACAAGAAGAAUUCUUUCUGCUUUUUUAAAAAAAAAAAAAGGGUAAUUCUCACAUCAGCACAUCUGAAGAAAAUGCUGUGGAGCUGGUCUGUGUUCCAUUGAUCAAAGUCUGUCUUAACUAUACCCAAAGGUCAAGUAAACCAUCCUUGACUCUUUUUUGAAACAAGUCUUCUGUCAUAUUGUUUCACUUUCAUGCACAUCAUUUUGUUUGAUCAGUUAAUACUGAGUAUUGAAAAUGCUCCUCCUGUCAUCUUCAUGUGAUCUCAAAGUGUUUAUUACAAAUGAUUGUAAUUUAAAAGGUUAAUUGUUUGAUCUGCUGUAGAAGACACAUUUUCUUAAUUGCAGUCAAAACAAGAGAAAGAUUUAAAUGUUUUCCUCUAUUUAAAGACCUGAGUUCAUAGUUUGCUGGGUUUUUUUUAGCAUGUAAUUAUCAAAACGUGGUGUUUUUCACAAACACAGGGAAAGUUACCACAAAUAAAGGUAAAACAAAUAGCUAACAUGUUUGGUAUUUCUCAGUCAAACUGACUAUUACCAAAGAAACAAACCAGUUUCACCAACCAAGUUUUUAGACUGCUCUGUUGCGCAAAGCGAGGUUUAUGGGUUAUAGCGAGCUAGCUUGGGGUUUAAUCCUGGUGUUUAGAUCUCACAAACUGAGGUAUCACCACUGUAACCUACGCUACAGGGCGAACAUCUGCUCUCAGUCAACUCUCAGAAAAAAUGGAGCACCUAAUUCUGCCGUAGAGCUGAAACAAUUAGUCGACUAAUUGAUUAGCUGAUGGACGGAAACAUAAGCAACAUAUAUUUUGAUAAUCGCUAAUUGUUUUAGCCAUUUUUUUUUUUUUCAAGCAAAAAUUGUGAAAAACAAACUGGAUCCAGCUUCUCCCGUCUGAGGGUUUGCUGCUUUUCUCUGUUUUUAUAUCGUUGAUAAAUGGAUGUUUUUGAUGUAGUACGUCACCUUGGAUUCUCGGAAACUCUGAUUUGUUCACUAUUUUCUGACAAUUCAUAGACUAAACCAUUAAUAAAUUAAUUUAAAAAAAUCGUCAGAUUAAUGGAUAGCCUAAUUCCACAGUACCAUCACUAUUGUGGGGUGUGAUGAUUCCAGGGGCCAACAGCUGGAGAGGGCACAUACAAAUUGCAUUAAAAUCAUGAAGGGGGGCUUAAGCAAUAUUCCUCCAGGGACUCAGAAUUAGUUCUUGCGGACAGGAUCCAUAUAUGGACAAAAUGACCGCAUUCAAUUCAAAGUGACAAGUAAUAAAGGGAAAAAUAUUCUGCUGAAUUAACACAGGGAGUGUUUGGAUGAAAAAUAGAAAUACUCCUCCAUGAUUGUUGAUAUCAGAACUACAGUGAAUGUUUGCAACUUUUUCAGACCAUCUGCCUCCUUUAGUAUUAAACUAGGACUGACCAUAAUAUCAAA